AUGAGGUCAUCUACCAUUUUCGGUCUCUUUUUUGCCUAUGCAGCUACUGCUAGUGCAGUUCCUGUGAAACAAAGGAACCAGGAAGUUGAGAUCACCUUCGUUGGCGCCGCCGACGCUCAGUUCACUCAAAGCAUCCCUACUGACGGGUCCGUUGUCUCCAUUGAAAACCCAUUGAGUAUCUCGCAUAUCUCGUCCCACACUGCCGGGGUUCAGUGUACCUUCAACGGCAUUGAUCACAGCGUGACAGUCGUCAAUGGAGUCCAAUGGGUAGAUGUUGGCCCUCCUCAGACCCAGGUGACUGGAUCUUGCCAGGUCCAGGGAUCGGAUUCAUCCCCUGCACCCCCUGCACCUGGUGGCACCAAUCCUGAUCCUACUGGGGAUCAAGUGCAUGUCACCUUCAUUGGAGCUGCCGACGCUCAGUUUACCCAGAGUUUCCCGUCCAGUGGUGAAUGGGUUCAAAUUACGAACCCUCUGAGCGUCUCCCACAUUCAAACCGGCACUGAGGGUGUUACUUGCAUUUUCAACGGCGUUGACAACAGUGUCACCACUGUCAUUGGUACCCAAUUGGUCGAUGUCGGACCCCCACAGACCCAGGUCUCGGGUUCCUGUACAUGA